GGCAAGAUGGCGGCCUCUGCCUUUGCCCGUGCCUUCAGAGCUGCAUCAGGGGUCUUAUGGCCCCUGAAUAUUUUGGUGUCUUCAGCCUGUCAAAACGGUGUCAAGAAUGCCUGUCUUAGUUCUGCACUGUCCACCCGGCAUUUUAGUUCUCUGCAGACACCAGUUGUUUCCUCUGCUCCCAGACUUGCCACGUCUGUCAGAAACCUGACAUGUGGACAUACUGCAGCAAUCCUCAAUAGAGCGGCCCCCUUGCUUCCAAAUGUCCUCAAGCUACCAGUCAGAACCGUAACAUACUUCAGUUCACGGAAAGGGAAGAGAAAGACUGUGAAAGGUGUCAUCUACAGGUUUCUUCGACUUCAUUCUGGCCUGUGGCUAAGGAGGAAGGCUGGUUAUAAGAAAAAAUUAUGGAAAAAGACAACUGCAAGAAAAAGGCGCUUGAGGGAAUUCGCGUUCUGCAAUAAAACCCAGAGUAAGCUCUUAGAUAAAAUGACAACAUCUUUUUGGAAGAGGCGAAACUGGUAUGCUGAUGAUCCUUAUUAGAAGUAUCAUGAUUGGACAAACC